AUGAGUGAUAACGAGCAGCCCAUUGCGGCGCGAGCGAGUAACGCGCGGACCUCGCAAGCAUGUCAAAGGUGCCGCUCUCUGAAGACCCGCUGCCUUCCGAGCAGCCAAGCUGGGACAUGUCAACGGUGUUUUGCCGCUGGACGUGAUUGCGCAUGGGCUGAGGCUUCUCGUCGUGCCCGGAAGCUACGAGCACCAUCACGCAUCUCACAGGUCGAGCAAAAGAUUGACGGACUUGUUGCAAGUCUUGUCAAUCCGUUAGCAACACAAAGCACAGCGGACUCGACAAGUUUGUCUACACCUUUUCCUACUUCUUACAGACGACCAGUAGCACCUGGGAACUGGUUACCGAUUCCCUCGUCCUUCGAGCCCCGCCCCGAUGCUCAAGUGACGCCUGUAGAACCAACCGAAGAGGAUGCAGAUGUUGCUGAUCGCCAGUACAUUGAACAAAUCCGCAGCAUACACAGCUUUGGGGAGCCUGAGGAUGCCCAACACCCAGAAGGCUUAUUCCGGCCUUCGAGACACUGCGAGGAACCAGUCAAGGAUGAUCUCAUUGAUAGACUCCUGGCUUCUGGUGAAGCAGAUGCCCUCCUACAUCAGUACAGGAAGAUGUCAGAUUCAUUUCCAUUUGUUCCACUAGCCUCCGACAUCUCAGCUCAGCAGCUUCAUCAAGAUAAGCCCAUGUUGUUCCUCGCAAUGAUGACGGCGGCUUCGUGGAGUGAGCACAAACGCCAAAUGUCCCUGGACGCCAUCUACAGGCAGGAGCUCGCCGGCCGUACCAUCAUACGCCCGCGCAGGACCCUGGGACUUGUGCAAAGCGUGCUUGUAUAUCUUUCAUGGUACCACUUUGUGUUCUCACACAAGACUCAACAAAUUUUCUUCCUGCACCACCUCGUCAUUGGGCUCGCGCUUGACAUUGGACUUCAUCGUGACUUCCAGCCUGUGUUCUUCUCCCACGUCAAGAAGGCACCAGAUAUCGAUCCCAAGGAGAAGCGUGCGCGCCAACGAGCCUUUCUUGGCUGUUACUACCUUGCUUCGAUGGUCUCCGCAGCUCUGCAAAAGCCGAAUUUGUUAAAGCACAACUCCGAGAUGACUGGAUGGGCGCAAGAUCUGAAACAGUAUGGAGAGUUUGUCACCGAUGAAGUUCUCGGACAUCUCGUCUCACUGCGACAACUGGAAGACCAAGUCCAGGAUACUCUGUUCACAGGAGCUGCAGCGGAUGCUCGACUGACCGAUGCUCGCGUGGUCAUGCACGUUCGGUUCUUGAAGACCCAGCUUGAUACUUGGAGGCGAGGCAGCGAGGGUUUACAGUGCCAGUGGAGUAAGCUAGUGCUCAUUCUCUCGCACGCAUAUACCGACAUGCUCCUUCACAGCGUGGCUCUGCGGCCUAUGACAGAGUCCACGCCGCUACCAUCAACUGGUAGCACACACGUAGCAGAGUUACUCUCAACGCUUGAGGCUGCAAAGCGAUUCUUUGAUACCCUAUUGUCGUUUCCCGCGUCCGAUUACCACCUUGUCUCAUUUUCGGAGUGGAUGCGCUUGCCAUCGGCCAUGAUGACCUUAGCAAAGCUGUGCAUCCCAUCCGAUGCGCAUGCAGCUGUUGGUUGGGACGUCAAAGCAGCGCAAAAUCUAGUUCGUCUAGACAUAUGCCUCGAAGCCCUGUGCUUCCGAUUUCAGAACGAGACAACUUAUGACAAGGUCACGCAACCUCAUCACGACUUCUGGUGGGCUAUGAAUCUUGUGACGAGUUUGACCAGAACAUGGUACAUUCGAAAGAUUAGCCCAAGCACUGCAGCUCGAUCUACCCCGAAUUGCAGCUCCACAAACGAUAUCCUGCGUCCAAACUCUGGAGCAUUACCAACGCCACCGCAGAACAUGUUCGCAGAUCUCGCGAAUGUGGACUUUAGCAGUUUGGACCCGAGUCUCGGAGCAGGCCAAGAUAUGAGCUCUGGUUCGCUCUCAUUCAUGACGUCUGUGGAUUUUGACAUGGAGCAAUUCUUUGAUGCAGGCAUCUGGGACGAUGUAGCUUACCACGGCAUGGGCUUUGGUGGUGGUGGUGGUGCCAUGCAUUUCUAA